CGAACGACCCCCCUUGCACGCGCACGCAUACGCCCGUUCGCGCUCGUCUCUUCUUCUUCUUCUUCUUCUUCUUCUUCGUCGCGCGAUUCCUGGGUUCCCGGAAGAAGACCCGGCGAGCCGACGCCGCCGUGCCCGAGAACCGAGAGAAUGGCACUCAGGUGGGGUUGCUGCCCGCCGCGGGAGACGGGACCCGGGACGGCGGCGGGGCGCGCGACGCCGCCGGGGGGCCGCCGUCUCGCCGCCUCCCUCGCGCGGGCGGGCGAUGGGUUCCCCUCGUUUCUGCCCAAGGAGGUGGAGAGGAUCAAGGACCCUUUCGCCCGUCAGUUGGCUCAGAGGAUCGAGAGGGUCCCGGUCCCGGUGCAGAUUGAAUCGGGUGAUGAUUGGGUAAUGAGCAGUUGCGUGAAACCAUCAAUAAGAAGUAAGAACAAUCCGGUGGUCCUGCUACACUGCUUCGACAGUUCUUGUUUAGAGUGGAGACAUGCAUAUCCUUUACUUGAGGAGGCUGGUUUGGAAGUAUGGGCUGUUGAUGUCCUCGGAUGGGGAUUCUCUGACUUAGAAAAGCGUCCUCCAUGUGGUGUCUCAUCCAAGCGACAUCACCUCUACCAGUUGUGGAAGUACCAUAUAAGAAAGCCAAUGGUAUUAGUUGGACCAAGUCUGGGAGCUGCAGCUGCAAUUGACUUUGCUGUCAAUCACUCAGAAGCUGUUGAGAAGCUGGUCUUGAUCAAUGGGUGUGUUUACAAGAAAGGCACAGGUCAUCUAGCAAAUUUACCCAAGUUGAUCGCCUAUGCUGGGGUUUCUUUGCUGAAGAGCAUCCCACUGCGGCUUUAUGCCAAUAUGUUGUCCUUCAACGGAAUCUCAUUGGCUACAUGUUGUGAUUGGACCAAUGUCGGGCGCUUACAUUGUCUACUGCCAUGGUGGAAAGAUGCAAGUGUUAGUUUUAUGAGGAGUGGGGGGUAUAAUGUCGUUGACCAAAUAAAAGAGGUAAAGCAGAAAGUGCUCAUUGUCUAUGGCGAGCAUGACAGGAUAGUCACCAAGCAGCUCCAAGUGAGGCUCCACUGUGAACUGCCAAGUGCAAUCAUACGGCAAGUGCCGGACUGCGGUCAUUUACUUCAUGUUGAGAAGCCCAAUGCCAUUGCGAAUUUGAUUGCGGAUUUCGUCCGAGGCGUUAACUGCUGAAGAGUUCAUGUAGUGGCGCUUCCCCUCUUUUCCUUUUUCAAUGACUGCUUAAAGCCUAUAUAUGAACAGGUCUUUACUGUAGACAUGGACAAGGUAGAUGUUUUCUCUGGCCCCCUUGGGAUAUCUAUUCGGUCAUACUUUCGAGUUCUUUACAUCAAUGUAUAUAAGCAAAGGGAAAAAGAAAGAGUAUGGAUUCUGCCUCUUGUAA